AUGCUGGGCAAACGUUGCGCAUCGGAAAUGGAGGCAUGCCUCACCGAAUACUAUCGCCAGGAAUGCCUGCGUGCUCUGUACGCCAAGCAAGAACGGCCACGCGAUUGCACCUGGGUGAACAAGAAUAUGAUGGCCAAGCCUCCUCGGAGAGCACGCAAGGGCGUAUCGUUCGCUAUGGCUCCUGAGAUCAUUGGCAGCGCUGAUCCGGCCGUGGAUCGCGUUCCAUUCGAUGGUUCUCCAGUCUCCAAGCUCGAGUUAAUCGUCCUGCUUUCGCAGCGCACGUUCCCCCGUCCAGGCUUAGACGAAAUUACCGACCACGCAGUGUAUCCGACAACCAGUACGCCAGAAAGUAGGCGUGCAAAAUCGAUAAGACCACAAUGCGCUGGACAUACUCUUCCACUCCAGGUCCUGGAAGACGAGAUGUGUCACCAUUGA